AUGUCCAAAGAUGAAGAAAUACGCAAUAUCCAUGCGAGACGUAAGAAUUUAUUAUAUCUGAUGCAACGUUAUUUAAAUGAUAAUGGUUUCUAUGGCACGGCGAGCGCCUUAAAAAACGAGGCCAAAUUGAGCGAUGAAUAUGAGUUGUGCGACAACAUAGACUUGGAUGGCAUUUAUUUGGAAUAUGCCAGCUACUAUCAACUGAAAUUUGGCAAAUAUCCAAGAGUAUUGAAAAAACAGCAGCAACAACAGCCCCUCAAGCUGGAACUGGCAGCCAAAAGAAAAAAAUCCAAACAACAAACACAAACACAGCAGACACCAGCAGCGGAUGUGGAGACGUCACAAAAUGUUAAGGCGGCCACAUUUGAUGUUAAUGACCUGCAAGUAACGGUUAAGAAAAUGGCCACACAAUUGAGACCCGAACAACAACAAUUACUCGCUAAGGAAAAAGAAAAUCUUACUGAAACGGAUACACAGUCUUUGACCCGCUUACAGGAAAUACAACAUGGCUGUGCUUCAUCAAACAGUGAUUUAUUGUUGAGUUGCCAAGAAUGGCAAAAUCUAGCUGAACUUGUAAAAUCCACCAUAAUAAAUGAUGAUUUGAAAUUGAAGUGGUCGGAUAUUUGUGGCAACAAUAAGGCAAUGGAAACUAUUAAGGAAGCUGUGCUAAUGCCUCUCAAUUAUCCUCAACUCUUCAAUAGUGGUUUAAAACCCUGGCGUUCUGUUUUGCUGCAUGGCCCACCAGGCAGUGGCAAAACUCUUUUGGCCAAAGUUUUGUAUGCGGAAACCAAACAAAAGGUAACCUUUUUCAAUAUAACCUCCAGCAUAGUGGUAUCCAAAUGGCGUGGCGAAUCUGAGAAACUGCUUAAGGUGCUGUUCCAUGUGGCCUUAAAACAUUCGCCUUCCAUAAUAUUCUUUGAUGAAAUUGAGGGUUUGACCUCGAAACGUGAUCGCAGUGCCGACCAUGAGUCCUCUAAACGUUUUAAAAACGAAUUGUUACAGCUAAUGGAUGGUUUGGAACAAUCCACAAUGGGUUUGUUUAUCUUGGCCAGCACUAAUUUACCCUGGGAAAUUGAUGAAGCUUUUUUGAGGAGAUUUGAGAAAAAACUUUUGGUUCAACUGCCCAAUGCAGUGGAACGUGCGGUAUUAAUUGGUAAACUAUUGCCUUUGAAUGUUAAACUAAAUGAGCAGCAAAUGUCUUCACUGGUUAAUCUAUCGGAAGGCUUUACGGGUGAUGAAAUACGUUUGGCCUGUAAGGAAAUUGCCAUGCAAACGGUAAGGAAAAUAGCCAAGGUUAAGUUGAAGGGUGAGGUCGCCUCGGAAGAAAUACCAGUGGAAAAUGCCUUCAAACAAGUGAAGCCUUUGGGUUUGAACUUAAUGCAGAGACACUUAAAGUGGCAAAAGGAUCAUGGUUCAUAAGGAAGAAAAUGUAAAUUUUAUAUAUUAAUUUUAACUAAAAGUUUGUUAAUUGAAAU